UAUUGAUUAAGAAUUGGCUAAUCAUGUGCCCCGCGCCAACUUAGCACUUCACUUCUCCAAGUCUCUCACUAUGUCUGCAUGUCGACAUUGAUGCUCCUCAGCUUUUGAGCUUCCUCUGACCAGCGGACGGGCCUUGCAUCACACUCCAUGAUUCUGACCAUCUAGAAGCCACAUACUAUCCAAGUGACCUCGCAAAUCGUGCCAACCCUCCGCCAACAUGGCAGAGUUCACCUCGUCCAAACUGGACGCCGAUUCUCACCUCCUCCUCGAUCAACCCCUCCUCCGCUUGCCCACCGAACUCCUCCGCAAGACGCUCAAAUCCGCCCAACGACAAAUCGAAAUGACGAACAAAAACAUCACAAGCGCAACCCAGUCCUUCAACCCACAAGCAUCUCCCGCCGAUACCCUUGCCUCACUCGAUGCAACGCUGGCAAAAGCACAGAGUCUGAAACGCAAGCUGGAAGCGCUGCAUGCCGAAGAACAAGCUCUUCACCGCCAGCAAAAGGCUCGCAUCAACCAUCUGCAAGAGUUGCAUUCCAUCCCAACGCUAGCGGACGUCAAAUAUGAUCAGUGGUCUCGUAAAAGGCUGGAUAGAUUGCUGGUGGACUACCUGCUCCGCCAGGGAUAUACGCAGAGUGCAAAGGAGUUGGCUCGAGAGAAGAAUCUGGAGGAACUGGUCGACAUUGGCGUCUUUGAGGAAUGCGGAAGGGUCGAGCGGAGUUUGAUCGAGGGAAGAACGCAGGAGUGUCUGGCGUGGUGUACAGACAACAAGCAAGCGCUGAAGAAGAUCAGCAGCAACUUGGAAGUCGAACUUCGAUUGCAGCAGUUCAUCGAGUUGGCAAGGAGCGGAGACACCAAACACCGCAUGGACGCCAUCGUGCAUGCCCGCAAGCAUCUGGCAAACGGUCAAGACGCCCAAUUCGGUCUCCGAGCCGCCGGUCUGCUAGCCUACGGGCCCGACACUCUCGUCGAGCCCUACAGAACAAUGUACAGCCCAACCCGCUACCAAACCCUAGCAACCCUCUUCCUCCAAACCCACCACGACCUCUUCGCCCUCCCCACCCAACCCCUCCUGCACAUCGCCCUCUCCGCCGGCCUCAGCGCCCUCAAAACCCCCGCCUGCCACAGCGUGCACGCCCUGCAGCCCUCCACCCUCACCGGCGCCCCCGUGUGUCCCAUCUGCAGCACCGAGCUCAACGACCUCGCGCGCAAUGUGCCGUAUGCGCACCACACCAAGAGCUACAUGGAGGACGAUCCGGUUGUGCUGCCUAAUGGGAGGGUGUUUGGGCGGGAGAGGCUGAGGGUGCUGAAUGAGAAGUUGGGGAUGAAGGGGGGCCGCGUGCGGGAUCCGACGGAGAAGAAUGGGGUUGAGUGGAGUGAGAGUGAGGUUAAGAAGGUGUUCAUCUCUUAGGGCUUGAAUGCUUGGCUUGAGGGGGUACGUGGUAGAUUUUUCAUGAAAGCUUGGAUGCAAUGUGACAUGAUGCUUCAAAAGGUGAACAA